AUGGCUACCGCUACACACGCCCCAGCUUCAGCUCCCCCUUCGGGUCUGUCGCAUUACUCAUACCCACAACAGCAGUCUUCAAUGAUGCAACCUCAACACCAGUACAGCCAAGGCCCGCCUGGAUACCCGUACGGAUACCCUACUGGUGUUCCUUCGCAAAUCCCUGCGUCUUCCUCAAUGAACCCUGCAAUGGUGCCUUCAACGCUGCAGCUUCCGGCCAUGUCCUCUGGUGCGCCCACGUCAUCCCUAGCUGGUUCGCAGGGCUAUCCAUCUCAGACAUUCGAUCACACUGGCCAGGUCGCUCCACCAGGAAUGAAGCCUCGUGUAACUGCCACGCUCUGGGAGGACGAAGGUAGUCUAUGCUUCCAGGUCGAAGCAAAAGGCGUAUGCGUUGCUCGUCGUGAAGACAAUCACAUGAUCAACGGUACCAAGCUUCUGAACGUUGCGGGAAUGACCCGAGGUCGUCGAGACGGCAUACUGAAGAGCGAAAAGACGCGCCAUGUCGUUAAGAUUGGCCCGAUGCAUCUCAAGGGUGUCUGGAUUCCCUUCGAACGGGCUCUUGAGUUUGCAAACAAGGAGAAAAUCACCGAGCAGCUAUAUCCUCUGUUCGUUCACGACAUUGGAGCACUGCUCUACCAUCCGUCGAACCAGACGAGGGCAAGUGUAGGAAGCGCUGCCAUGGCUGCUGUUGACCGCAACCGAAGACCUGACCAGAUGCAGACACAUCAGCGAUACCUCUCCGGUCCGGCGGCGUCGCAACCUCCUUCGCUCCAUCAUCAUCACUCAAUGAGCAACCCGAUUGGUGCUGCCAUGUCUCAGCCACCGCACGCUAUCCAGCCACAUCCCUCGUCAGGUCGUCCAGGCAUCGACCGAGCUCACACCUUCCCCACUCCUCCUACAAGUGCCUCGAGCAUCAUGGGCAUGGGCAACCAAGGCAGCUCUUAUGAGUGGAACGGUAGCAACGUUCAAAAUGCUCAGGGCGGUCAGCCAUUGUCAAUUGACACCGGACUGAGCAACACGCGCUCCGUACCAACCACACCUGCAAGCACUCCUCCUGGCGCUGUUCAGCAAGGUAUGUCCUACGCCUCUGGUCAAAGCUUCGAUGGCUCCAGGCCCUUGUACUCGGGACCACCCUCGCAACCAGGCCAAUAUGCGCAAGGACAGCCCAUGAUGGCAUACCGUCAAGACGGCUCUUACCCAAAGACAGAGAUGGCACCGCCAUCCCGCAUCAGCGAUGUGCCAGAUGAGGGCGAUGUUAAGCCAGCUGAUGGAAUGAUGCCACAGGGAAGUGAGCAGGUGGCUCCUCCCCAGGCUGGAAGUGAGGGAGACCAUGACCACGACAAUGAGUACACUCACUCUAGCGCUCCAUACAAUGGAAACAGGGGCCCGUACGGCUACACUCCCAACGGUGCUCCAGGUGCUAUGCACCCCGACCACGCUCACCUUUCUCCGGAGAUGACAGGAUCACCUCAUCAGAACGGGUCCGGACGAGCCACGCCUCGGUCGGCAGCUACAGGUCAGCCUCAAUGGAACUCGGGCUACCCCACGCCGCAGCGCCAGGCACCGCCCUCUAGCAAUCUUUACAACGUUAUGAGUGACCCCCGAGGUGGUCCCAACGGUAACGCACCUCACGACGCUUACCAGGGACCUGGGGCUGUAUCGCAAUAUCCCAGUCAAGGAUAUCCUCCUACAAACGGCGUCAACAACUCGGGUAAACGCGGUCGCGACGACGAAGACCAGGACCCAUACCGCCCCGACAGUGUCCAAGGCGACGACAUGGGCGGUCUCAAGAGGCGCAAGACCAUGGAGGGUGGCGCGGUUGGCGGCAACUACGCUGAUCCCAAUCCUGGCAUCCAGCGUGCGCAUACCAUGUCAGCUCAGCGUGCCAGACGGUAA